UCGCCAUUUUAACGCGCCGCGCGCAAACGAGAGCCGGCAAGAUGGCGUAGUGUGGGAGAAGUUUCUAUAACACAGAAGUGUGUGUGUGUUGUGAGUGUGUGAGUGUGGCGCAGUUUGCUGAGACCAGACGAUGGUUGUAGUUCCAUCGGGGGUUUGAGACGCGGUCAGCGGUGUGAGCUCGCCCCAGACGGAGCGCACGAUGUCCGCCGAAGUGCUCAGGCCCGUGCCUGGAGGCAGUAGAAGCGGUGGGGGUAAACUGGGGCUCCUGAUCAAUAAGCUUCACACGUACCUGGCUGUUUCUGAAGAGCAGACUGGGGAGAACAGUUUACCCGGGCACUGGAGCGGUGCGAUGGCCAAAGAGUUUAUCGAGCAGCAGCAAGCGGAAUCCCGAGCUGUCGACGAGCCCAGCGUUUCCUCCUCAGCCCGUUCUAGAAGGAAGCCGUUGGUGGUAACCAAGCACAGCGGCCUGAACGAGUCGGACGCGUCCUCUGAGAGUGGAACUGAAGACGUGUUGUCCAUCAACUCCAGUGAACCAGACACGACCUGCCUGCCUAAAGGUACGGUGUUUGUGUUGCCAGAGCCGGUGUCUAACGAAGUCCGUGAUGAGUUCAGAGGUCCAGAAUUUCGCAGCAAACGAGUGAAGCAGAACAAAGACUUUUCCGAAAGACGGAGAGGAGGCUCUGACAUCGAGCGAGUGAACUGUACAGCCUGUGGUCAACAAGUGAACCAUUUCCAGAGAGACUCGGUCUACCAACACCCUGCCCUCAAAGUGCUGAUCUGCAAGUCCUGUUUUAAGUACUACAUGAGUGAUGACAUCAGCAAAGAUGCAGAGGGGAUGGACGAGCAGUGCAGGUGGUGUGCAGAAGGAGGCAGUCUGAUAGGCUGUGACUAUUGCAGCAACGCAUUCUGUAAGAAGUGUGUCCUGAGGAACCUCGGGCGGCGGGAGCUGUCUGCCAUCUUGGAGGAGGAACGCAAGUGGUAUUGUUACGUUUGCAGCCCGGAGCCGCUCAUGGACCUUGUGCUGGCCUGCGACUCUGUGCUUCAGAACCUGGAGAAGAUCUGGGCUCGCAAACGGGCUGGGGUAGGGGGCGGGGCUCGCGGGAAGCAAAGGGGUGGACGUGGCGGGGCAGGGGCAGGGUUUCCGAUGAGCUCGGCGCCCUCGAGGGGUCUGUGCGAUCGCAUGCAGCGCGUCGUGGACAUGACGACAUCGCUGAACCGCUCGUUCGUGGAUUUCAUGCAGAGCGAGAAGGACGAGGAGGUGAGCGAGGAGGAGGACGUGGAUCGAGCGAGGAGACUGAUGAUGUUUCGCACCAUCCUGCAGGACCUGCGCCAGGCCCACACCGCCCUGCAGGAAGCACUGGACCGCGAGCUGUACGGGGGCAAACGGGAGCCUCAGAGACAGCGCGCGAAACCGCGGCAACGGAAACCUCGGGCUCCCAGAGGCUCGUGCGUCACGAAGGAACUAGUGGUGAAGCUGACCCCUGUCCCAGUAGAGACGUCUGGUGAUCCCGAGACCAACGUAGACCCCGGCUCAGUUGGCGCCACCACUGUCGAUAUGGCAGAGACGAACACGCAAAUGAAGGAGGAGGAAAACCCUGGUGAAACGGAGACGACUGAAGGAACGGUAGACAAUACAAAGGGACCAGAAGAGACGAAGGCGGAGGAGGAGUGUGAGGGGAAAGGAGGUGUGGCGAUGGAGGAGGAAAACAGCGACGACGAAGACGAAGACGACGAGCUGGAAAUGGCAGAGGAAAACAAGCGCUCGCCACGUGUCAAGAUGACUCCGCGGAGACGGCGCUCGGACGCGACACACGCCGGCCUGGAGGAGGACUCCGACUCGGACGAAGUGCCCGCUGUGCUCCUGCAGACCGCCACCGCCGCCAUGGCCAGUAGCGAGGAGGAGGGUGGGGUCGACAGCGACGGGGGCGCGGCCGACCCAAACCAGGAAGUCAGAAAGCAGUGCCUGUUCGGAUUGGUCAAAACCACACCACCAUGCCAAGAUCGAACGUCACGCAAGCGGAAACUGAAAGAGAGGUCCUCGUCUACGUCUUCGUCGUCGUCGUCUUCAGUUGUUGAAGUCGGGGAUUCGGGGUCGAAGGUCAGGAGAACCGUAGGUCUUCCUCACAAGGUCACAAAGACUGCAGCAGACAGCGAGAGUUCAUCAAGCGACCAGGAAAUGGACAGCAGUGACUCGGACGAGCUGGACCAGAAGAUUAAACCGCUGAAUGACGUCGCGCUGAUGGGUUCUGGAACGUUCCAGCAGUCCUCUGGUGAUGAGGUGGACACGUGCCCAGCCCCGAUCGUCUUGGAUGAAGAUGAUGUGGAGAAUAGAAUCGCCAAACAGCUUCUGUUGGCUGAGAUCAGAGCAAAUUUAUCCUCCAGCUCCGGUCAGGACGACACGUCAGAUGCCGAAUCCAAGGUUGAAGAGGACGAUGAGGACAAGGACGAUAUGAAGGAGGGAGAUGGAGAGAAGAAUGACGCUGAAGACAGUGAGCUGACCGAUAACAGCUCCGACUCGGACAGUCCCGCUAGACCCUCGCUGUCUCGUCACCGCCUCCUGCAAUGUUCCGUGACCCUGUGGGAGGUUGCGUCCCAGGAUGACGGCAAUAAACCUGAUGAUAAGAGGCCAAAAAGGAAAAAGACGCAGUCGUCCAAAAUAUCAGACAGCAGUGACGAGCGAGAUUCAGCCAGUGAGGAUUCUGCACUGAGUGAGGUGAUCAGCCAAUCAGAAGACGAGAACGCCAGCGUCCUGGAGGACUUGGUUGAUGACGGCGAACCUCGUACACCUCCUCCUAAGGACAUGGGUGACGGCCCCACGGACGGUGAAAACGCAGAGAAUUGUACGGGCACACCGAAGGGCCGCAGGAAGAUCCGGAAAAUUCUGGAGGUUCAGCAGCUGGCAAAAGAGACUCAGGAGGCACUAAGAGAGGAGGAGGAGAGGAGGAAGAGGCUGGCUGAGAGAGAACAACAGCGACGACAGGAGGAGAAGAGCAAGGAACACGGACGAGAGGACCCAGAGGUGAUGAUAAUAGCUAGGACCCCUGCCGCCAGGCCCAUCCCUCUGGUGCUAGAACUUGAUGAUGCAACACGGGAAUGUCUGGUAGAGGUGGACACACAGCUGCUGGUUAAACUCAAACCUCACCAACGCCAGGGUGUGCAGUUUAUGUGGGACAGCUGCUGUGAGUCCAUAGCGAAGGUGAAAGUGUCUCCUGGUUCUGGCUGCCUGCUCGCCCAUUGCAUGGGACUCGGAAAAACGCUGCAGGUGAUCACUUUUCUGCACACGGUGUUGACGUCCGAGAGGGUAGAGCUGAAGACGGCGCUGGUGGUGUGUCCUCUAAACACAGUGCUCAACUGGAGGUCCGAGUUCGACAAAUGGCAGCGUGGCAUCGUCAAAAAGAAAUUGGAAGUGAUGGAUUUAGUGAAGGUGAAGUCGGUGUGUUCUCGUGUAAAUGCUCUGACAAGUUGGCACAGGAGCGGUGGUGUGUUGAUCUUGAGUUAUGAAUUGUACCGCAUGCUCAUAAAUGGAGAUCAAGGGAAAUAUGGCAAACAGCAAGAGACCCUACUCAGAGCUCUGCAGGACCCAGGGCCCGAUGUAGUGGUGUGUGACGAAGGCCACCUUCUAAAAAACGAAGCGACCGCCAUCUGUAAAGCGAUGCGUUCCAUUCGCACACGCCGGCGAAUCGUCCUGACAGGAACGCCGCUUCAAAACAACCUCAGCGAGUAUCACUGCAUGGUGAGUUUUGUGAAGCAGAACCUCCUGGGUUCCCUGCGCGAGUUCCGGAACCGUUUCAUGAACCCCAUCCAGAACGGCCAGUGCGCCGACUCCACACCGUCUGACGUGAGGCUGAUGAAGAAACGCGUUCACGUCCUACAUGAACUCCUCGCUGGAUGUGUUCAGAGGCGGGAUUAUACUGUUCUGAUGCCUUUCCUGCCACCCAAGCGAGAAUACGUUCUGUCCAUCAGGAUGACCCCACUACAGUGCAGACUGUACACACACUAUCUACAGAACUGCACCGGAGAGGGUGUGAACACUUUAUUUCAGGAUUUUCAGAUCCUGAGUCUGAUUUGGACACAUCCAUGGUGCCUUCAACUCUCUGACCACAAUCGAGGAAACAAGGGCAGAGUGGAGGAGAUUCUUUCUGAAAUUGCAGAGACUGGUGAGGUUUCCGAAGUGACACAGCCACAGAACGCAGAUGAACGAGCAUUGGCAGAGAGCAGAGAUCCCAACUUAGCCAAAACUUCACUAGAAGAGGAGCGCAGGGUGGUGAAUGGAUCAAUGGCGGGUUGGUACAGAGAGUUUGUAUCUGACAGUGAUGCAAAGAUCCUGGAGCAUUCUGGGAAAUUGACGCUGCUGAUGGAGAUCCUGCACUGCGCCGAGCAACAGCACGAGAAAGUGUUGGUGUUUAGUCAGUCACUUGUUUCACUGGACCUGAUUGAGACCUUCUUGGAAUUGGCUAAUAAGGCAAAGAUAGAGGCAAAGUCCAGUGUGUAUAAAGGGAAGCAAAUGUGGGUACGGAACAAGGACUAUUAUCGUCUGGACGGUUCAACUACUGCUACAGCCCGCAAGAAAUGGGCUCAAGAGUUCAAUAACGUCAGAAACACACGCUGCAGGUUGUUUCUGAUCUCUACUCGAGCUGGAUCAUUAGGGAUUAAUCUCGUAGCAGCGAAUCGAGUCGUCGUGUUCGACGCUUCAUGGAAUCCAGUGUAUGACAUCCAGAGCAUGUUUAGAGUGUAUCGCUUCGGCCAGAAAAAAGCAGUGUACAUCUACCGCUUCCUAGCACAGGGAACGAUGGAGCAGAAGAUAUACGAGCGUCAGGUGGCGAAACAGUCUCUGUCGUCUCGUGUGGUGGACCAGCAGCAGAUCCAGCGCCACUUCACACAAAGCCAACUGAGGGAGCUGUACCACUUCCAACCUGACCCUUGUGUCCAAAAACACAUUGUGGAGCCUGCGGAUAAGGUGCUGGCGGUGCUCCUGCAGUGCUGUGGGGAGGCCAUAGUGUCGUUCCAUGAACAUGAUUCACUGUUGGGUCACAGGGUGGAAGAGGAGCUCAGCAUGGAGGAGAGGAAGGAGGCAUGGGAGGAGUACAAGCUUGAGGAGACCCGUGUCUCUGCCCAAGAUUCAGGAGAACUGUGGAGGAAGAGCAACCAAGAGCUGAAGGCGAUGUUAGAGAGCGGUCGUAUGGAUCCACAGAAAGCUUCACAGAACAUCAAACCCAAAUGCUUGGAAGUGAUGAAACUUGACCCUAUGAUGGACAGAGAGAAGCUGAAGCAGAAAGCUGUUCGGACUUAUGAGAGGUUUAAAAAAGACACACAAGGCAGGGUUGAGAUUUGCCAGCGGCAGGUCUUUAGUCAGCAGAAGCAGAUUUUGGAGAACAGGGCGGGGCUCAGCAGCAGCGCUCCACCCUCAGUGUCUGUCAGUUCAGCAUAUGAAGCAGGAGGAUCCUCCUCAGCCCCGCCCACUCCACUAGUCCAGAGCAGCCAAUCGAACGGCUCCGUCAAUCAGCCACAGUGAGAGUAUUCUUCUCAUGAGAGGAGAUCAGAGAUAAGUUUACACUGGAGCUCCCGUAGAGCUGAAUACAACUACAGCAACUACCAUGACAACAGCAUCGCUACGGAGCAGCACGCUAGCAUGCUAGUUCAGCCUGUGUGCUAGUGUUAUAAAUUCUUACGGGUGUGUUUUCUUCCCCAUCCUGGUUUUUUUUUACCUGUUCAUUACUUGAUUCUACUUUUCUACAUAUUAAUGUUGUUCAUAAAUUAUGGUUUCUGCUAUAAUUUAAUUGGCCAGAAAGAUAAAACCAAAGAUGUUAUAUAACGUUGUGUGUGUGUGUGUGUGUGUGUAAGUGUUUACACGGGUCACUACUGAAGAGAAAUAAUUUAUGAAACACUAAUAAAGAUUCUGCUUUCUGAUUAGA